AUGGCCAGCAGCCUCCAGUCACUUAUCUCCGAAUACGGGCACCUUGUCGACGGCGACCUAAUAACGUCGAUCUGGGCCGAGCAACAACACGACCCGACAAAAUGCCACAAUAUCAUCCGCAUGCUCAGCGGCCAACAGCCAACAGUCACCCACAUGGCGCCAAGAAGCAUCACUAGCAACAGCAGCGAUACUGUCACCACCAAUACCACGGCCACCGGCAGUCACAGCGAUAAUCCCAACCAUCCAUCCACAUCCUCUUCACUGAGCGAGCCCAUCGAGGCUAUUGACUCGCCCAAGGAGCUAGUGGAUUUCCUCGAAGCUUGUUUCCCAGAGUGCGGGCGCGACUACUUGCUGAGCAAAGUGGACGAGAUAUUUAGAAAUGUGGGCGGAGAAAAGGUGGAUCCCGUGGAGGCAUUGGACAUGGUCGCUAACUCGUUCUACAAUGACCAGGCGGCUGUGGACGGCCAAGAGUAUAGGCGCGGAACAGCAGCAAUUGCAGAUCGCAAAAUGGAAACAGCCUUGGAUGCCAUUGAGGCGCAAUACACCGUGCCUUGUGCGCAAAAGGGCAAGCGCAAAGGGAGGGGCAAAGCUCGCGAGGAGCGAAAAACAACAAUGCCAUCCACGGCUGGCUGUGGGGCGGAGAGCCGCGGGAAUGCGUGGGAGUCAAUAGGCGGCGAUCUCGAAUCGCUGUGUGCGAUAUUCCCGAUGCUGCCCAUGGGCACAGUGCGGUCCGCGUACCACCGCUGCGGGGCCAGCAUUGACCGCGCCGUCGGCGAACUGGCGGAUCGCGUGGAGCGCACCCAGGUGCCGAAGCCAGCCCCCGGCCGCACACAGUGCAUUUCCGAGGCUGCCGUGGCGCAGACCGUGGCCACGCUGCGCGAGCUGUUUGCUGAUGUGGACGAGGGUGCUCUUGAGCGCGCGGCCAGGGAAACUGCGGAUUUCAACGCAGCCAUUGACCGCGUCUUCCAGAUCUCCAGCAAGCCCAAGGCCACGGCUGAGGCUGGGGCUGAGGCUGGGGCUGAGGCUAAGCCCGAGGCUAAGCCCGAGGCUAAGCCCGAGGCGGAGGCUAAGACUAAGAGGGGCGGUGUCAAAUGGCACCGGGCGCCGGAGCUCUCCCGCCACCGCGUCCAGCCCACCAACGCACCUGCGGACCGCCCCGCAGUGCACGACGUGUUCGACCGCGUGCCGCUUUCGGCUCUUUCGGGGGCCGCGCGCCAGUGGGCAUCCGAGCACCGAGCGGAUCCCGCGUACUGCCGGCAGCGCGCCUCGGAGCUUCUAGCGCGGCGCAACGAGCUCUACACGAAGGCAGCCUCGGCCUACGGCAGGCGCCACGGGCUCCGGCACCAUGGCGGCACCGCGCUCUACUACUCCACCGAGGGGCAUCGGCUGGAUGUGCGUGCGCGGGUCUGGCGCAUGCGGGCGGCGCAGGCGAGUGUCGCGGAGAUGCGCAGGGCGGAUGCCGGCGUCGUGGAUUUGCAUGGGCUGACCAGGGCGGAGGCUGUGGCCGUGGUGCUGGAGGAGGUCGAGAGGUGGCAUGCGGCGGGAAAGUGCGGGAGACUGCAUGCUGUCACUGGGCUGGGGAACCACUCGGUCGGCGGGAGGGCUUGUUUGCACCCGUCUGUGGUCAAGGCGCUGAGGGAGCAGGGAUGGUGGUUUGAGGAAGGCAGGGGGUAUGUCGAUGUCCUGGGCGUGGUCACAGCUGGUGCGCGCAUGCGCUUUGGGGGGUGA